AUGUUUGGGCCUUUAUUACGAAGAAGCAUUCUUCAAGGUUCUGCAUCGCGAACGUGGAACUAUCUAAUUAAUUUCACUCAUCUGCUUUGGUGUAAAUUGAAAUAUAUACGUGAAUUGAGGAUGCCACGCACUCGAAGGAAGCACUACACUUCACACUCGAGGUCGCGGUCUAGAUCGUACGAAGCGAAGCGUCGACGUCUAGACGAUGGCUCUACAGAAGGAUCAUAUAGGAAACGAAGCAGAAGCAGAGAAAGAGACAGGUUAGUUUUAAUUUACUACCUUAUUUUUGUGUUAGUAAAAGAUUAG